AUGUAUAAAAUGAUUGAAUGCACAGUACACAGGAAGCAGAGGAGGAAAAGGCACGGCACACCCAUCCUGGCGCACGCCGAGAUCCAUUACCAGGGCGGCUGUCAGCGCAGAUGUUCCACUGGAGGGGGCGCACUCUUCCGCUCCAGCUCUUCCGCUCCAGCUCUUCCGCUCCAGCUCUUCGGCUCCACGCCCCGGCCCCGGCUCCACGCCCCGGCCCCGGCUCCACGUCCCGGCCCCGGCUUCACGUCCCGGUCCCGGCCCCGGCUUCACGUCCCGGCCCCGGCUUCACGUCCCGGCCCCGGCUUCACGUCCCGGCCCCGGCUUCACGUCCCGGCCCCGGCUUCACGUCCCGGCCCCGGCUUCACGUGCCGGUUACACCCCCCCGGUCCUUCCUACGGUCCCCCUCCUCCCUCCCUGGUUUUGUUUUUGGGACGUCUGGGAUCCGUCCCUUGA